AUGGUGGUGGAGCAAAGAAUCACUCUUAAAUCCACUCAGGAUGAGUUGAAGAUAAUAGAGGCUGAAAAUGCAGCAAUGAAGGAAAGACUGGUGACCAGUGAAACCAAAGUGGGGGCUCUGGAAAGGGUGAAUGAAGCACAAGAGGAAAAGCUGGCAAAUGUGAAGGCAGAAAAUGCAGCACAGCAGGCAGAACUGGCAGUUGUGAAGACCAGACUGUCUGCCAGUGAAGCCGAGGUGGUCAACAUGAAGAUGGAGACUGCAGCACUGUCAGCUGAUCUGAGGUCAGUGGCUGAUAGACUGGCCUCCACUGAGACUGACAUGGAGCAGCUGAAGAUGGAAAAUGCAGCACAAGAAGCAGUGCUGACAGCAGUGAAGACCAGACUGGUUGCCGUUGAGACUGAAGUGGAGGAUUUGGAGAAAGCGAUUAGAGCAGCCCCCAAGGUGGCAUUCUCAGCAGCUUUGAACGAGGGGUACACAGAGGCUGGAGCUACUAGCUUAAAUGUGGUCUUUGGCAGAGUCAUCACCAAUUUUGGACAGGCCUACAGCAGUGUGUCAGGUUUCUUCACAGCUCCAUUAGUAUUGGGAUUGUCAGAGCAUGACUCUGAUGGCUAUUUUUCCUAUCUGUCCAGUGGAGUGACUCUGGAGCUGGAGGUGGGAGACGUAAUUAACUUGGUUCUCCCUGCAGGCAAGAGGCUCUAUGAUGAUGGGUGGAAGUACAGCACCUUCAGUGGCUUCCUGCUCUUCCCUCUCUGA